AUGCCUUACCAAGUAACAAGUCAUGCAGAUAUGGCUGAUGCUUUGCGCCCAGAUGCCUUCUAUCCGCAAAUUCAAUCCAAUGGAGCUGUUUCCACUGAUGAGGAGGACAACUCUGAAACGGACACUUCUUCAGAUGAAGAAUCCACAGCAAAUAACAAUACUAAUGCAGCAAUAGCUGCAGGUCGACGCAAGCCGGGUACCGUCCCCACUCAUCACCACCUCCGUCGCUUGAACUACAAUCCUCGAAAAAACCACCGUAUUAACGGAAGCCUCUUUCACAAUAACUUGCAACAUAUUCCUCAAUCGACUAAACCCCAGCCGACUGCCCGUUUGGCCAGAGAUGAUGAAGAUAUGCGUGUCGGACCUGCCAAGGCUUGA